AACCAUUGGAGAUGCUGAAACAGCUUGCAAAUUCAUAUGACAAAAUCUCUUUGAAAGAAAUCAAUUAGAUUGAAAACGAUAAUAAAUUUCAGUGUAUAAAGAGACAGACAUUCAGUCAGUUAACAUUUCAAUCACAAUGAACAUUCGCAAACAAGGAGUAGUAGUAAUUCUAUUCUCUGUUUCAUUUCUCAUUCGUGAGCACGAAGCUGUCAGAUUUGCAAGUGCAGAUUUUUGUUGUGUUAUUUAUCCACAUCUUACACUUGAUAAUGUUGCAUUACUCAUUCUCUUAUUUUAUGAAGCCUGGUUGAGAAACAAAUUCCGAGAAUAUAUUCUACACACGACUUUUAUGCUUCUAUGCACACGAUAUCAAAUAAUAUUCUCUACCCCUGUUUCACAAUGCAAUACACUUUUAAUUAUUAUACUAAUGUACUCUCGAAAUUUCUACUUUCAACAAACUACUCGACUGUGGUAUGACAGUGUUGUUAUGUCUGAAGCUCUUAUACCAAGCGUUUUAUUUAAAGGGACUAAUUACCAAAAGCUUAUCAAAGCAGGCUACGCUUGCUUAGAUAUGUCGGCUCCAGAAGAAUAUUGGCGAAAAAAUUUCUGA